CACGAAAGCAAACCAGUUUGACAGAAAUCGCUCCGCAGUGCGGUAGUGCCGCGCGUUUUGGUGGAGUUACAUUUACAUUAUCAAUGUUUAUAAACAAAUUUCGACGAUAUACUGUCAUAAUUUCAUUUAUUCAUGAAUAAAAUAUAAAAAAUACUUUGCGCUUUAUUGUUAUUCUGCCGGCUCGUAGAUUAUUCUUGUAAAUUUGUACGUUUUAUUCGAGUGUGUAAUCUUGUACGUAGCGAGAACACAGCAUCGUCGAAUUUGUUGGGACGGUGGGUGAAAAUGUGAAACAAAUGUGUUUUUGUAUUGAACAUAACGUGCUGGUGAAGUUUGGGACGAGUGUUUGAGACUGUUGUGGAGGCAACUGGAACUAUGAAGUGGUUUGUGCUGUUGUUACUGCCGUCAUGCUUGGCGCAUCUCAAUGUUUACCUCAGCCGAGCAGAAGUGUGGAGGUUGCUGGGUCUAACAGCUGAGCUGUUCUACGUGCGCGAUGGCCAGAUCAAUUUCUACGCUCUCAACUUCGUGGUGCCAGUGCCGGCCACCAUCAACGAACUGCAUUUCACCUGGCAGAGUCUCACCAGGAAACCGUUGCCUUACACACUACGCGUAGAGGUGGUGUCGAACAAAGAGGUGAUGAACCCACCCACGUUCAACAUAUCGAGCGAGGGAUACGUGCCGACCGAACCGCAAACUUGGCGAGUUGAUUUGCCAUGUACGCGCACCGCCGCCGCUGAAGCAGACGUUACUAUAUCGCUAAAUGUGUCGACCGGUUCUUCGUCCACUACGCUGCAUUUCCGUAGACGGAAAAUAUGUCUAAAGGAAGCUCCACGGCCAGCCGUCCGAGUGGACAGCGUCCCGCAUGCGUCAACAUCAGCAGAUAUAUUUUAUGCGGGCGCGGGUUGUGCUGGCGGUGCCUUGUUGAUUGCUGCAGUCGCCGCCGCGGCGUGUAGAGCGCGGGCGAGGAAGCUUCGGCGAGCGAGAAGCGAUGAACAAGACGCGCAUGCCUUCUUACCAGACUCGUCUUGCAAGUCCGCCGCCAGCUACACUAGCUACCGUCGACCUACAUCCUUGCCCGCUGCGGCCGCCGAAGAACGCGCCAGAGAUCUCCAGCAAAGAAUUGCAGAGUUGACGAUACAGCGAUGCCGCGUGAGAUUGCGUUCUGUGGCUAUGGAGGGGACGUUCGGUCGUGUAUACAGAGGUACAUACGCCGACGAAGAUGGAAGAGAGCAAGAAGUUCUCGUGAAAACUGUAGCUGAACAUGCAUCUCAAGUACAGGUUUCCUUACUGCUUCAAGAAGGUUGUAUGUUGUAUGGACUCCAUCAUGAGCGGGUGUUAUCAGUCCUCGGUGUAAGCAUUGAGGAUCAGACGGCGCCGUUCUUGUUGUACCCGUGGGGCGCGGGCUGGAGGAACCUGAAGCAGUUCUUGCUGGCGUGUCGAGGGGUGACGGUGGGUGGUGCCGCCGCGGGGGCCCCACCACCACCUCUGACCACGCAGCAUGUGGUGCGAAUGGCAAUGCACGCGCUAGAUGGCUUGGCGUACCUGCACACACAACACGUACUACAUAAAGAUAUUGCUGCUAGGAAUUGCAUAGUGGACGAAAACCUACGAGUCAUGAUCGCAGACAAUGCGUUAUCCAGAGAUCUAUUUCCUGCGGACUACCACUGUUUAGGGGAUAACGAGAACAGGCCCAUUAAAUGGCUGGCCUUGGAGGCGUUGUCCAAGAGGCAGUUCAGUCCAGCAGCCGACGUAUGGGCGUUAGGAGUCCUGCUGUGGGAGCUGACGACCCUGGCGCACCAGCCGUACGCGGAGGUGGAUCCGUUCGAAGUCGCCGCGUACCUCAGAGAUGGUUACCGGUUACAGCAACCGGCGAACUGUCCGGACGAAUUGUUCGCUGUGAUGGCCUACUGCUGGGCUAUGUCGCCCGAUGACCGGCCGACGCUGCCCCAACUGCAAAUCUUCCUGAGGGACUUCCACACGCAACUAACGAGAUUCGUAUAAACCAUUCCUUAGUUAAAAGACAAUCCAAAGACGACAAUAAGUGGUAAUAAAGUCAACUUAAUAUAGUGAGAUUAUUUCGGACGCAAUAGAGGCCUUAAGUGUCAGUGGAGUGAUCGCACAAGUGAAUGAUUUACAAGAGACUGAUUUUUUUAUUUCGUAUUUUGUAAAUAUUUUUAUUUACGUUGUUUUACGUGGUUAUCGCGCAUUUUAAAUGUUAAUGAUUUUAUUUUUCUGGUUGUAAUUGUACAUUUAUGUCUUAAUAAUUGAUUAGGUCGUAAUUGGAAUUUAUAUAAAGCAUACAGAUGUCAUCUAUACGACUUAAAAAUCACAAGCUGUUUGCAAAAAUAUACAAAAUGCUGCACAACAAUAAAACGCAUUUUGUUCCAUUUUGCAAACAACUAUGAUAUUUAAACUACCAGAGAGGUUCCACUUAACAUUUAUCUUUAUAGUUAGUAUGAAAAUAUAAAACAUCUGUCUAUUAAUCUGGUGUAACGAGUAUGAUUUACGAGCCUACAAUUGCCAACUAACUAAUUUAUUGCACAAUUGUUGCCAGAACAAUAAUACCACGUACACAUUAUACAAGAUCAUCUGCAUUUUUGUGUAUAUCUAUCUCUUUCAUAACACAUGUGAAAGUAGAAUCAGAUAUAUGUCACUCACUUGAGUUUACAUGUCACUUAAUUAUCGACAUGUAUUUGAAGUCAGUGCAACUGAAUGCGAACUUUUACCAUUAAAAAUGCGCGAUAAUCAGUUUGUAUUUAUCUUGACAACCUCAUUACUGCCAUAUUAGACUAAACGAUUUGUAAAUAUUGAUAGUAUAUAAAAUAUAUUGUGACUGUAUAAUACGUAUAUUGAACGUGCCUCAGAUUUUAUUAAAAGUUUAUAUGUUAUAGAUGUUUAGAGAAUAGUUGGGUAAGACUGGAGUAGCAACAAGUUUACUGUACUUUCAAACACAACACAAUUUUGUAAUCUUUACAUUUUUGAAAUUUUUGAAUGUCUUAAAGGCUCGUACUAGUUUGGACUGAACGGACAUAGAAAAACACAUAUUCGUUUUAGUUUUGUUUGAUAUUUUCCUCACAGGUAGCCUAAACAAAAAUAUUUACUUUUACAGAAAAAUGUAGUUUAAAUGUGGACGAGCCUUUACUGACAAUUGAUAGUCAUUUAUAAGUAGUGUGCCAAAAACCUGUUCAAUGUCAGUUUUACUUUAAAAGAGCAUUUAUUAGUUUGAUUUAAUUUUAAUUCCGACUAAAUUCAGUCAGGAAAUAUAUACAUUUGAUUUGAUUCGAGUAACAAUUAAAUAUUGAUUAAUAAAUUUGCUAUUUGUUAUUAUAACAUUUCCGAUGAUAAAUAACAUGUUGAUUAUUAAUUUAUUCCAACGUAUAAGUCAUUAAUUAAAUUAAUUGAUUAGUAUAUCUGAUUAAUUAAUAGUAAUAAAUUGAAUUUCAAUCCGCAUAGUAGCAAUGCAUAUUGUUUUAAUAACUAGAUACAUUUGUAUUCGCAGUUCAUUCGCUUGUUGGGUGAAGUAGAUAAUGUCAAUAUAACAAGUGGCACGAGUUAUUUGGAGCAACAAUAAUUUAAUCAAUGUUUGUACAUGUGUAAAUAUUGUAUGACACGAAAUGUGAAUAUAAGAGUGAUUAAUAUUCGA